AUGGAAGAGAGCGAGGAAAGUGAAGAACUGAGUGAGGUGGAGGAGAAACCUUUGAGUUGCUCAAAGACUAAAAAUAAAUUUUUAAAGGAAAGUAGAGCCAAGAAAUCUUUCACAUGCACUCAGUGUGGAAAGAGUUUCACAAACAAACAUAAUCAUGAGCUUCAUGUGACAGUUCAUACUGGAGAGAAGCCGUUCACAUGUGAUCAAUGUGGGAAGAGUUUCAUGUACAAAGAAAGUCUUAAGAUUCACAUUAGAGUUCACACCAGAGGGAGGCCAUUCACAUGUAAUGAAUGUAGCAAAACAUUUCUUAGGGCAUCUGACCUGAAGACACACAUGACUGUUCAUACGAAAGAGAAGCCACAUUCAUGUUCUGUGUGCGGAAAGAGUUUUUCAAGGCUGCAAUGUUUAUAUACACAUGAGAAAAUUCAUAUUGGUGUUAGAGCUCAUAUGUGCUGUGAGUGUGGAAUGACAUUUAUUCAUGUGAAUCAUUUAAAACAGCACCAGAGAAUUCACACUGGAGAAAAACCUUACAAGUGUUCACACUGUGACAAGAGAUUUAGUCGGUCUUCAAAUCUGAAAGCACAUGAAAGGAUCCACAAUGGAGAAAAACCUUACAUGUGUUCACACUGUGACAAGAGAUUCAGUCAGUCAGAAAGUUUGAAAGCACAUGAGAGGAUCCACACAGGAGAGAAACCGUACACGUGUGAUCAGUGCAGGAAGAGUUUCACUGUUAAAAGUCACCUGAAGCCACACAUGAGGAUCCACACUGGAGAAACACCUUACAUGUGUUCACACUGUUCCUUGCGCUGGAUGGUGACAUCACUAGGCUGCAGAUUCUGA